ACAACAAAGAUGGCAGGAAUAGGAAGCAGCACGUACUGGGAAGAUCUGCGAAAGCAGGCCAGACAGUUGGAGAACGAACUUGACCUGAAGUUGGUCUCUUUCAGUAAAUUAUGCACCAGCUACAGCAGCUCCAGAGAUGGACGUCGAGGAGACACGUCAGACACCACACCUCUGCUAAACAACUCUACCCAGGACAGGAUGUUUGACACCAUGUCAGUGGAGAUUGAACAGUUGCUAGCCAAACUGACUGCAGUGAAUGACAAGAUGGCGGAGUACACCAACUCUCCGGGCGCAGCUGCUCUCAACGCUGCUCUCAUGCACACGCUCCAGAGGCACAGGGACAUCCUACAGGACUACACACAUGAAUUCCACAAAACCAAAGGCAACUUUUUGGCCAUCCGGGAAAGGGAAGACCUUCUAGGGUCUGUCAGGAAAGACAUUGAGACAUACAAGAGCGGUUCUGGGGUCAACAACAGAAGAACAGAGCUGUUCCUAAAGGAGCAUGAGCAUCUGAGAAACUCAGAUCGACUGAUGGAUGACACAAUAAGCAUUGCUAUGGCGACCAAGGAGAACAUAACCUUCCAAAGGGGCAUGCUGAAAUCCAUACAGAGCAAGGUCAAUACUCUGGCCAACCGUUUCCCAGCUAUCAACAACCUCAUUCAGCGAAUCAACCUGCGAAAGAGAAGGGACUCUCUGAUCCUUGGCGCGGUGAUUGGCGUUUGCACCAUUCUCCUCCUGCUCUAUGCCUUCCACUGAAACUCAGUCUUUAAAGAGGCAGGAUUCAUCUGCUCUUUGUAGCAUGGAAACUCUCUGGGGGCUGAGCUGAGUGAUUGGAGGACCCUGGAGGUUCCCGAGCAGAAGGACAUUAAGUUGGUCCAGUUUUGGGACAGGAGCAAAUUUUGGCCAACAUUUUCUACUGAACCUGUAUUUAGCAGCGGGGACAGAUGGCGGGUUGGUGGUUGGGUGUUUUCUGCCAACAAGAGAACGAAGACCAAAACUACAAAUAAGACUAGAUAAAAAUAUAUAUUGAUAAAUCACUUUGAGAGCAAUUCUGUGCCACUGAAAGUGUAAAGAGACUGUGAGAUUGUGUGAUGGAUUUAUUAUUAUUUUUUUCACAGGUGAAGGAUUUUAAGCUGAAUGGUUGUUUUUAAUUGGUGGAGUGGGAUGGAUAGUUAAUUGUGGGCUGUACAAUGUGAAUUA